AUGGCCGGAGACCCCGAGAAGGCGCAGCGGUAUAUUGCUGCUCUGAACAAUGCGCGGUGUCAUGAUCGAUGGGAUGAAGUGCCCGAGUUGAUUCGCAAAGUUACAAAGCAUGCUCCGCAUAGAAAAUGUUAUAUAGAGACUGCAGCUGCCGAAAGCAAGAUUGUGGCCCAGGUCAAGGGACGACCGUCAACCGCGAGACCAACGAGCUCUACCCCUACUUCAUCGGUUUUGUCCGAACUAAUACCGUCGCUGCUGUCAAUCAUUGAAACCGCAGAUGGGUCACCACAAGAUAUAUUCCAAGCGCAGGCCUGUCUUGCAUGGCUACAUUGGACAUUGAACGAGCCAGGUCUGGCCCUGGCUCGUCUGCCUAAGGAUUACGGGGAUACAGUGAAUAGUCUCUCAACAACAGGCGGUGAAGAGCUCUCGCCAUGGACAGAGGUCUGUCUCGUAAGGGCGUGCUAUAUCAAGGGUGAGGAGGAAGUCAAGGCAGGCGGCGCCGCGCAGUCGAUUCUCACCGGCCCUGAUGACUCGCUUCCCACCCUGCACUCGAUUUUACCGUGGCUCAAUGGUCUAAAGCAGGCUCCUUCAUCUAGUCCACAGUUCUCCCAUUGGUCCGAGAAGUUGCUUGCCAAGGGGGCACUACUUGCGAAUGACAGCGAUGACGUUGAGGUCGCUCUGAAAUUCUUCAGGCUAUGGUCCGCUCACCCUCAAGUGAAGCAAGGCAUCGCCUCAAAUACUUUGCCUGUCGAUACUUCAAGUGAUGCUAUUUCAAGAUCAGCCGUCUGGAAAUCAUAUUAUUCCCUUCUAACCCAGAUUUUACAAGCCGAUGGGACCUAUUAUCCUCCGGCAGACGGUCCGGAGCGCCCACAACUCGCUAGCGAACUCAGGCGGGUAGAGGCCAUUUACGAAAGCUGUAUGAUGAAAGAAGUGAAGUUCCCUACCGCCAGCUCGUCGAACUCGCAGGUUGAGAUUUGGGUUGAGCAGGUAAUACGGAACUGGGAAGUCCUCUGUAGUCCUCAAUGGCGAGACGAGGAGCUAGGGGAAGGAGGCCAGAAUGCCGUUGGCCGGAAUGUUUUGGACAUCCUGUAUCGCGCUGCCACAAAGACCUACCAUUCUCACUUGGUCUUGCGCCGCCUAUUUCAUGUGCAUUCUUCUCUGGCAGAAUUUGAUCUUGCCAUGAAAGCAGUCGAUUCUUACAUUGAAAUUGUCACAAGUGCAAAAGACCGGGCAGAAAAGGCGGCGGAGUCUGGAGAACUCGAGGAUGAUGGCACGCUGGUCAAGACACUUUCUGAAGCAAUCUUCAUGCUCUGCUGCUUUGGUGCUGAAGAGGAAGCUGAAAAGACCAACACCCUGGUUUCAACAAUCAAAAAGUAUCUCAGCAAGCAUGUGCUUGUAGAUUCUCAGACAGGCGAGCAGGCAGGAAUUCAUGACGACGCUGAUACAAUACCCCCUUCGAUCGUUGCCUUAGCCUACCGCGCCAUUGGUGUUGGACUUGCUACGUGGGCUAAUUGGACUUGUGUUAAUGAGUCCCGAGAUGAUAUACGAGCGGAAGCUAUCGAAUACCUUGAGAGAAGUAUUGAGCCGGAACUAGGAGACCAGCACAACUGCUCGUCGCUCUAUACUCUCGCUCUCUUGCUGGCAGAGAGCCGAGACCUGGAUGGGGCUAUUGAUUAUGUCAAGUCCGCCUUAAGAUCUACCAACGAGUCUUCCGUCGCAUCCCAGCGCGACCUUAAUAAGACGAGAGAUCUUGUACCCCUUUGGCACUUACUUGCUCUGCUAUUGAGUGCUAAACAAGACUUCGAUAUAGCUGAGCGAUCCUGCGAAGCUGCCUUCGAAAAAUUUCCCACUGCCGUGGUGUCACAGGGUCAUCAUGAGCAUCGUGAGACGCGAUCUCUGCAGAAUCUGAGGGAGAACUACAACGCAGGCCUAAAAAAUACAAUCAUCGAGCAACUUCGGGGUCGUGAAAAGGAGCGUAUCAUCGAAACUCGUAUGACGCAGCUAGCGUUUCGUGAACUGCUAGAAGGACCGGAAACUGCCCUGAACCACAGUGACCAACUACUUCGCCUUUUCGUGACCUUGUUCGGCAGUCUGGAUCUGGACUCAGAGGACAGGAAAAAUGCACACUCCGAUAACCUUGUCCCUCCAAAGAGCUCUGCUGGUACAGUGAAGAGCUUCCGUGGCAGCAUUUUUGGGCGUCAAAAGGGAUCUCGGCUUGAAAACCGAGUUAUCGAAUCGGGUAGCGAUGUUAACGCAAUCAGCCCGGCACCGUCUUCGAUCAACAGUAGAGCGAACGAUUCCGAUGCACCUGUAAUCCAGGUGACCGAUGAGGAUCUUCAAGGCUCUCAUGAGCGCCCGCGAACUGCUGGUAGAAGUGACUCCACUAGAAAGUUGCAGAAACGGGGGAGUGUCAAAAAGUCGGGAGAUCCUCCGAUCUUCAUGAAUGGUGAGAAAGGCACCUCUACCGAACCAUUGGCCACGAAUGGCAAUGCAUCAGAUGAGAAGAAGGCACAAGAUACGCCUUCAGCGGGAGACGCCCGAAUUGCAAUUUCUAGCACCACUACAAGCCAAGCUCAAGGUGCCAAGCAGCCUUUGAAACCCAUUCAUAAUGGAAAACCCGAUGCCCACUCUACCCCUACAGGCCACCCGAAGCAGCCGCCCGAGCAGGACACUCGGCUGCCCACGUCAUAUAGAUUUGAUUCCCCCACCGCAGCAACUACGCGCUUCCCAGCUGGACAAGCACAGAAACAUGCGCUUGGAGUUCUCGUCAAAAUAUGGCUAUUUAUUGCCGGUUUGUAUCGGCGAGCGUCGCUUUUCGAAGACGCCAAUGAAGCCUGUGAAGAAGCCGUGAAAAGGGCGACACGGGUGGAACUCCUUGUGGCCAGCCAAGAGUCCUCCGCUAAAGCACUCUCCCACCGCGGCUGGGGGGUUGGGAAGAGCUCCGAAGAGCUUUGGGCAGACGUUUAUGCUGAGCGCGGAUUCCUUUCACAAGCGCAAUCGCAUCCUCACGAGGCAAUCGAACAUUUCGAGGAAGCUCUAACACGCUUUCCUGAUCACCCCAAGGCCACCGUUGGCUUGGCUAACCUUCUUCUGGAUGUAUGGGAGCAAAAGAUACCGUCCGAGCCGGCACAUUCUACCCUUGAGUUUGACCUCUCUGCACUCUCCUUGCUGUCCGAGCAUAAUAAGUCGGCCCAUUUAGGGGAGAAAGCAGCUACAGAUGCCCAAGGUGGAAUCCUGUCCUUGCCGGUUUCUAGUGACGAUGAGCCGAAAUAUCUCAACCGCCUUGCAGCACGCGAUCGAGCCUAUGCUCUUCUCUCGGCCUUGACGAAACUUGGUAGUUCGUGGGACAACUCCGAGGCCUGGUUUGCCCUUGCGCGUGCCUAUGAAGCCAGCGGACAGGUUGAAAAGCUCAAGGAAGUCCUUUGGUGGUGCGUUGAACUAGAGGACCGCAGACCUCUUCGUCACUGGUCAAAUAUUGGUUCCAAUGUAUAUGUUCUCUAA